AAAGCACUUCUGCAAACUGUGAGAGGGAAGUGGUUGCACAGAGUUGCCAAAACUUUUCCACUCUCAUAACUGACAUUUUGGCAGCAUGGCAGGCGGGUCCGUGUCGGAGUGUAAGGAGUAUCUGUUUAAAGUUUUGGUUAUCGGGGAACUUGGUGUGGGAAAGACUAGCAUCAUCAAGCGAUAUGUUCACCAGCUCUUCUCGCAACACUACAGAGCGACCAUAGGCGUGGAUUUUGCUCUCAAAGUCUUAAACUGGGACAGCAAAACACUAGUACGACUACAGCUGUGGGACAUCGCAGGUCAGGAGCGCUUUGGAAACAUGACCAGAGUUUACUACAAAGAGGCAGUGGGUGCAUUUAUUGUGUUUGACAUUACUCGAGGCUCCACGUUUGAGGCUGUUUCAAAAUGGAAGCAUGAUUUGGACACCAAGGUGAAACUGGCCAAUGGCAAUCCUAUACCUUCAGUCCUUCUGGCCAAUAAAUGCGACCAGAAGAAAGACGGAUCCAACAAUUCCUCACUCAUGGACAACUUCUGCAAGGAGGCUGGCUUUUUGGGUUGGUUUGAAACAUCAGCCAAGGAGAACAUCAACGUGGACGAGGCUGCCCGGUUCUUGGUGGAGAACAUCCUUCUCAAUGAUAAAGGUCUUCCGUACGAAGAGAACAAUGGUGACAAGAUUAAACUAGACCAACAAACUGCUCCUGCUGAGAGCAAGUCAGGUUGCUGCUAGUGCGGACGCUCACGUGUGUCCCAUCAUUUGCCACGGAAAGCAGGCAGGAGGCCAGAAAGCGAGCUCAACAAAUUCAACAGAUCAAACCCAUGGAUCACUAACAUAUUCAGGGGUUGACAGAUACGUAUCAGUUUGGGCUCUAAAUGGCAAGACGACAUCACUGCUGGAGGAUCAGAUGAAAACAAAUUUCUAUUGCUGUGUUUGACUGUUUAUCUCUUUUUCUCUGGCCCUGUUCCACAUUUGUCGCUUUUGUGUGUGUGUGUAUGUGUGUGACAAGCAAGUUACUUCAAUGUGUACGUGUACAUAUGAAUGAAUGAUACAAAAUGGGUGUCAUAGGACCAGGUAAAUACCAGUAGAAGUUCUUAGCCAAAAUUAGAUUAAAUAGGGUGAGCUGUUUUAAUAUAUUCUGGACUAUUUGCGUUCGCUGCUGGGAAUUGCCACCCUAAAUUUUGCAGGAAAAAAAAAAGUUCUCAAGAUGUCACUUUAUGACAAAAUAGUCUGUAUUCCCAGGGCAUUUAGUCUGUUGUGAAGAUCCAACCAUGACUAGUCUUGAAGGUCUUGAAGUGUACAAAUUUUAUCAUGAGGAAAAAGAAAGUUUAAUAAGAGAUCUGUAAGAAUAUUGGGCUAUAAGCUUGUAAAUAUCUGGUUCAGAGAAUAAAAUCAUGUUGGGUUUCCUCAGGCUCGUAAAUGUUAAUAUUCAAGUGUUUAUAAAUAGUUUUUUAAUUGGUACUGAAGGAGGGAUCUGAGCAUGUGCUCGAUCCAUGGCUUUAUUCUACAACAAAGGCAGAUAUACCUUUUUAACAUGCUGGAUGAUCAAAUUUAUCAAGUUUGCAAACAAAUGUCUGUUGAAGUAACAAUGACAAUAAAAUGUUUUAAAGUGG